AUGCCACCAAAGAAGGGAGGAAAGGACACAAAGCCCACGGCCAAGAAGGGCAAGAUGGAGAAUAUGAACAAGGGCGCCAAGAAGGCCGCAAAGAAGUGGUCCAAGGGCCGCACUCGCGAGGCACUGCAGAACGCUGUCAUGUUCGAUAAGGACACCAUGGACAAGUUGAUGACGGAAGUGCCAAAGUACAAGGUCAUCACACCUUCGAUUAUUAGCGACCGUCUGAAGAUCUCCGUUUCCCUCGCCGCGAAGGGACUUCAGCAUCUCUGCCGGGCAAAGAAGAUCGUGCUUGUCUCCUGCAGCAGCAAGAUGCGUGUGUACACCCGUGCGUAA